CAAACUCCCAUAAUUUGCUCUCGAACCCUAACGAUAAAAAGCCAAGAAACUACCCACUCCUCGACCGAGCGAGCGGGGCGAGCGAGAAAGCGAGCGGCCCGACGACGACCUCGACUCCUCUCCUCUCCUCUCCUAUCCGCCGUCCCCGUCCCCGUCCCCGUCCCCGUCCCCAAAACCCUAGCACCCGACCGCGUCCUCCGGCGAUGGACCACCAGCAGCAGCAGCAGCUGGCGGCGAUCCUCGGCGCCGACCCAGCGCCCUUCGAGGCUCUCAUCGCCCGGCUGAUGUCCUCCGCCAAUGACCAGCGAUCGCAGGCGGAGUCCCUCUUCCACCUCUGCCGCGACCUCCACCCCGACGCCCUCGCCGCCAAACUCGCUACCCUCCUCCACUCCUCCCCCCACCUCGAGAUCCGCGCCAUGUCCGCCAUCCUUCUCCGGAAACUCCUCACCCGCGACUCCUCCCCCUCCCCCGCCGCCGGCGACUCCUCCUCGCCGUCCUACCUCUGGCCUCGCCUAUCCCCGGCCUCCCAGGCCUCGCUUAAGUCCCUCCUUCUCGCUUCCGUCCAGCGAGAGGACGUCAAGUCCAUCGCCAAGAAGCUCUGCGACACCGUCUCCGAGCUCGCCGCCGGCCUCCUCCCCGAUGACGCCUGGCCCGAGCUCCUCCCCUUCAUGUUCCAGUCCGUCACCUCCGACAACCCCCGCCUCCAGGAAUCGGCCCUCCUCAUCUUCUCCCAGCUCGCCCAGUACAUUGGCGACACCCUCCUCCCCCACCUCCCCACCCUCCACUCCGUCCUCCUCUCCUCCCUCUCCCACCCCACCUCCGCCGAUGUCCGGAUCGCCGCCCUCGGCGCCGCCAUCAAUCUCGUCCAGUGCCUCCCCUCGGCUGCCGACCGCGACCGCUUCGGCGACCUCCUCCCCGCCAUGAUGCGCACCCUCACCGAGUCCCUCAACUCCGGUAAGGAGGCCACCGCCCAGGAGGCCCUCGAGCUCCUCAUCGAGCUCGCCGGCUCCGAGCCGCGCUUCCUCCGCCGCCAGCUCCCGGACGUCGUCGGCGCCAUGCUCCAGAUCGCCGAGGCCGAUCGCCUUGAGGAGGGCACUCGCCACCUUGCUGUCGAGUUUGUGAUCACGCUUGCAGAGGCGCGGGAGCGCGCCCCAGGGAUGAUGCGCCGGCUCCCCCAGUUUAUCGGGCGGCUGUUUGCCGUGCUGAUGAAGAUGCUGCUCGACAUCGAGGACGAGCCCGCCUGGCACAGCGCGGAGGCUGAGGAUGAGGAUGCUGGGGAGACCAGCAACUACAGCGUCGCCCAGGAGUGCCUCGACCGUCUCUCCAUCGCCCUCGGAGGGAAUACCAUUUUGCCGGUCGCGUCUGAACUGCUCCCAGCGUACCUGGCCGCCCCCGAGUGGCAGAAGCACCAUGCUGCCCUUAUCACUCUUGCCCAGAUUGCUGAAGGUUGCUCGAAGGUGAUGAUUAAGAACCUGGAGCAAGUGGUGAACAUGGUCCUCAAUUCAUUCCAAGAUCUCCAUCCCCGUGUGCGCUGGGCGGCCAUAAAUGCUAUUGGGCAGUUGUCUACGGAUUUGGGGCCAGAUUUGCAAGUCCAAUAUCACCAGAGGGUGUUGCCUGCAUUGGCAUCGGCGAUGGAUGACUUCCAGAAUCCCCGUGUUCAGGCGCAUGCUGCUUCAGCAGUCUUGAAUUUCAGUGAGAAUUGCACACCAGAUAUUUUGUCACCUUACUUGGAUGGAAUUGUUAGCAAGUUGCUUGUACUCUUGCAGAAUGGGAAGCAGAUGGUGCAAGAGGGAGCUUUGACGGCUUUAGCAUCAGUUGCUGAUUCGUCACAGGAACAAUUCCAAAAAUAUUAUGAUGUUGUUAUGCCUUAUCUCAAAGCUAUUUUAAUGAAUGCAACUGACAAGUCCAAACGGAUGCUUCGUGCCAAGUCUAUGGAGUGCAUAAGUUUGGUUGGAAUGGCUGUGGGCAAGGAGAAAUUUAGGGAUGAUGCUAGACAGGUAAUGGAAGUGCUGAUGACAUUGCAAGGAUCUCAAAUGGAGACAGAUGACCCAAUAACAAGUUAUAUGCUACAGGCCUGGGCCAGACUAUGCAAGUGCUUAGGACAGGAUUUUCUUCCGUACAUGAGUGUUGUAAUGCCUCCAUUGCUUCAGUCUGCUCAGUUGAAGCCUGACGUAACCAUUACCUCUGUGGAUUCUGAUGAGGAUAUAGAAGAAUCAGAUGAUGAAAGCAUCGAAACCAUCACUCUUGGGGAUAAAAGGAUUGGUAUUCGGACUAGUGUGCUGGAGGAGAAAGCCACAGCUUGUAACAUGCUCUGUUGUUAUGCUGAUGAACUCAAGGAGGGUUUCUACCCAUGGAUCGAUCAGGUUGCUCCUACUUUAGUGCCGCUUCUCAAAUUUUAUUUCCAUGAAGAAGUCAGGAAGGCUGCUGUUUCUGCCAUGCCAGAACUACUUCGCGCAGCAAAGUUAGCUGUGGAGAAAGGGCUGACUCAGGGUCGUAAUGAAUCAUAUGUUAAGCAGUUGUCUGACUAUAUAAUUCCAUCUCUCAUUGAAGCUUUGCAUAAGGAGCCUGAAACAGAAAUUUGUGCAUGCAUGUUGGAUUCAUUGAAUGAGUGUUUACAGCUCUCUGGACCACUUCUUGAUGAAGGCCAGGUGAGAAGUAUAGUGGAUGAGAUCAAGCAUGUGGUUACAACAAGCACGACUAGGAAAAGAGAAAGGGCAGAAAGGACAAGGGCAGAGGACUUUGAUGCUGAGGAAGGAGAAUUGCUUAAAGAGGAAAAUGAACAAGAGGAAGAAGUCUUUGACCAGGUUGGUGAUUGCUUGGGCACUUUGAUCAAAACAUUCAAGGCUUCUUUCCUGCCAUUCUUUGAUGAACUUGCUAUGUAUAUAACACCAAUGUUGGGAAAGGAUAAAACAGCUGAGGAGAGAAGAAUUGCCAUUUGCAUUUUUGAUGAUGUUGCAGAACAAUGUCGAGAAGCCGCUCUGAGAUAUUAUGAUACUUAUCUUCCUUUCCUAUUAGAAGCAUGCAAUGAUGGGAAUGCGGAUGUUAGACAGGCUGCUGUUUAUGGAGUUGGUGUUUGUGCUGAAUUUGGUGGUUCUGUGUUCCGACCGCUUGUUGGAGAAGCUCUCUCAAGGCUAAAUAAUGUUAUUAGACAUUCUAAUGCACUGGAUUCAGACAAUGUGAUGGCAUAUGACAAUGCUGUUUCAGCUCUCGGAAAAAUUUGUCAGUUCCACAGGGAUGGUAUUGAUGCAGCUCAGGUUGUUCCUGCUUGGUUAAACUGCUUGCCAAUAAAAGGUGAUUUGAUCGAGGCCAAAGUUGUACAUGAGCAGCUUUGUUCAAUGGUUGAAAGGUCAGAUAGGGAGCUUUUGGGUCCUAACAAUCAAUAUCUUCCUAAAAUCAUUUCUGUAUUUGCUGAGGUCUUAUGUGCAGGAAGGGAUCUGGCCACGGAACAAACUGCUGGCAGGAUGAUUAAUCUUUUGAGGCAGCUCCAACAAACACUGCCACCAUCUGUCCUUGCUUCAACCUGGUCUUCCUUGCAGCCUCAGCAGCAGCUUGCAUUGCAGUCGGUCUUGUCAUCAUAGUUUUUCCUUUGAGUCGGUUGUCUGGUUAUAGUACAUCUUUUAUCAUUGGAAUCCAUUCUUUGUAUGUCCUUAAAUUUGUCGAGUCAUGUCAUCCAUUAGCGUAUUGUUUGCUUGCGGUUGAUAUAUUAUUGUUCGGCGAGAGAUUUUGUGAUUUUGGUGUAGAGUGUGUAUAUUAUAGACCGUAAAAUGCAUGUUUAUAUUAUUGGCUAGAGUGGUAAAAGUGAGUGGCUAUAGAAUGCUCCUGGUGGAAAAUAGUUCUGCAACAAUUUUGGUGCUUGAUCUUUUAUUUCUCUAUUGAAGUGUGAAAAUCAUCCUUCUGUAUGUAAUUGUAAGUUCUUCA